AUGGAACGAGCCACGCUCCGGAAGCUGAAAGCACGGCGCACCACGAAUGCGUGCUCCCCUUGUCGCCAGAGCAAGAUCAAGUGCUCCGGCGAGGAGCCGUGCCAGAACUGCCAGAGGCGUCUGGUUCGCUGCCACUUCACUCAAGGAAAUAACAAGGUCGUUGUCACCGAGAAAUACCUCCAGGACUUGCGAGAGCUCGCAAAAGGGCAUCGUCGGGCCUCGUCGGCCGCAACGGCUGAAACAAGCAACAGCGGCGAUCAACCGCCAACUGGCGGCAGCCAGCCCAGUCCACAGGAUGGUCCUCCAUCAGUCGUGUCCGCAUCGUUCCAGGCCGCCCAGGACAGCAACACGCCUCCCCUUUCAAAGUCACCCAUUCACCAUGGACCUCUGCUCGGACUGAAGCCCUCGACUGAAACCGUGUUUGGUGCUCACGGCAGCGCAUACGGUAUGAGCGGUCCCGGGAUCAAUAGAAGUCCAACUUCCCAGUCAAUUCUGCCUGGUAAUCCAUUUGAGCGGUCGAAUUGCCAGCACGAGGCCGGCCCCGACGUGUCUGCAACGGGGCCGAGCCCAGGUUGGAUGCCCGCAAACCACCUCCAGGCCAAACAAAAGAGCAUGGAGUGGGUGUCUGCAGCCUCUGCCCGCUCCGAAACCAAGCUAACCCCGCGCAUAGUCUGGUUGGCGCCCUGGUCCACAUGGUCGUUUACAGUUCGCCUAACCCUAAUGCUUUCCGACAAGCUGCGCCCGGAAGAUACAACUCUGCCGCCUAGUCUACUCGGUACCGAGACGUACAUACUAACGUAUAGAACAUCCUCUUCGAAUGACCUCCCAGAUGUUAGCAACCUCCCUUCGCUAAGCCAUGCCCUUUAUCUCUUCAACACUGUCAAGUUUCACCUUGGUCAGACGUAUCGAUUAUUUGAUGAAGACGAGUUCGAGCAACAAAUCCGAGACUUUUAUCCCAAUGCACUGCCAAAGGCUGUUGAAUGUCCUUUGUGGUUCAGCAAGUUCCUCCUUGCCAUGGCCUUUGGAACGGCAUUUCACGCACCUCCCAGCAACAGUCAGGAUCCUCCCGGCAGCAAGUUCUUCGCAAGAGCGAUGGCCUUAUUACCAGAGCCAAAUUCUCUCUGGAAGGACAGUUUUAUGGCCAUGGAAGUCUUGGCACUGGGAGGCUUGUAUUUGUAUUCUGUUGACCAGCGAGAGGCUGCUAAUUUUGUUCUCGGCCAAGCAGUCCGAAUUGCGCAAUUGGAGGGGAUGCACACCAACUUGCCAGAACAUGAGCUCGGCACUGGGCUGACCACCUAUGCCCGCGACCUCUGGUGGACGCUUUAUAUCAUGGAUCGGCACUUCUCGUCAUCGGUAGGGCUACCAAUGUCGGUUCAGGACAGCGACAUCACAACGCUUGUCAGUCCGCCGGGAACAGGCACGGCAGCAGACAGUGCGCGCAGCCUGCAGGUCAAUCUCUCACAUCUGAUGUCCGUAAUCCUGACCACUGUUUCACCCACGCAUGUCUACAAAUCUGAUGGUCAAAAAGCGGUCUACAAGCCUAGCUGUGUGGUCUUUGCAACCCGACCUCUUCUUUUAUCCGUCAUGAAGGAAAGGCUUGACUUGCUGGGGUGUCGGGGCGAUGAGGACUGGACCGACUUUUUAGCGCAGACGGGCUCCGUCAUCUCCACGGGCAUCAAAUCGGCUGCGAAGACGCUUCAGAUUCUGACCAGCGAAUACAGCGUUCUGGGUAAGGAUGGCCGAGAUCCUAAUGACUGCCUGACGUGGCUCACCAACAUUUCUUCAGAUUCCUUUCUUCCAUACGACGUGGAGUUCACGUUUGGGGCUGCCCUCAAUCUCACUAUGGCUAAUGCCGUAUUUCCUGGCGUGGUAGAUUACGAAAUUUGCCAUGGGAUGUCACAUCAGAUCCUGGAUGACCUGGUUGCUAGGGGAAAUCGGGUGGCUCUCGCACGACGAUCGGAGCUUUCACAUCUAGAGGAUCUCUGCCAUGAGUUGAUCUCUAGAGGAAACCAGCAGGGACUGGCGACAUUGCAGCUACUCGGACCCGAGCCGCAAAUGAUAGACAUUGGUAGAAAGUCGGGCGGUAACAAUGACGUGAUGGACGAGUCACAUCCGCUGACCAGCGACAUGGACAUGAGCCAAACCAUGCACCUGUUACCACACACACACCCAAUGAGGGAUUCCGAGUUCCUCGAAAAUAUUGGCAUCUCUUCCGAAGACUUCCUCUCCAUCGUUGAAGGAAUGGGUGACCCUGACACCUUCCCCGACAAUAUGUUGACGUUGAACUGA